CCUGCCUGCUUCGGAGCUCUGUCUUCCAGCCCGGCUCGGCUGCGCUUUGUCCGGCAAUGGCGAGCGAGGGAAAGCCCAGGCCAAAGCAGGCCUGGUGGCUCCCGCUGGAGGUGGGGCGCGCCCAGUUCCUGGCGCCUUGGCGGCAGCUUUGCAACUCACAACCUGGCUAAUUUCCUGCGUCCUCUGGCACCAGGAAGGAGGACAAUUCGUCUCUCGGGCUGCCCAAACGACAGCUGUCAGAGGGUCAGGAGCUUCUGGGAGCCGCCAUCUGAAGGCUACGUGUGCUGCCUGGCCAUUCAAACUGUCAAUUUUAGGUCCAGAAGUGUCCAAACCACAAGUUCUCAAAACUCUCUGAAAAAUGGCUCCCUCCGAGUUAAGCAAUUCUGAAAGGCAUUCUCUGGGAAAAGUCUGUGGAGGAGAGAGGGAUCUUCCUGCAAAUAAUGUGGUCUCAGGCAAGGACACAGAAUCUUGGCUGUCUGCUAAAAAAAAAAAAAAAAAAAAAAAAAAAAAAGAAAAAAAAAAGAAAAACCUAGACUCCUUUGGUGGAAAUUGAGUGUCGAGCUGCAAAACCUCAAAUGGCAGACUAUCAUCAUUUAAGAGCGCCUGGACACUGGAAAAGGCGAUUCCCUGAGCGCCCGGAGUUGGAGACAGUUCCUAGUUCAGAUUUAAACAUCUUUCUAGGUCUGCGCGGGGCGGCCAUUGGCGGCGGAGUGUCACGUGACCGCGGGGGCGUGCCAAUGUGCGCCCUCAAGGGUGUCAAACCGCUGUCAGAGUGUGCGAUCAAGAUCGUGAAACAACGCGAUGCAAAAAGCGACCUACUACGACAGCUCGGCGAUCUACGGUGGCUACCCCUACCAGGCAGCCAACGGGUUCGCUUAUAAUGCCAAUCAGCAGCCGUACCCGGGGUCCGCCGCUUUGGGCGCCGAGGGCGAGUAUCACCGACCUGCCUGCUCACUCCAGUCCCCCUCCAACGCCGGGGGCCACCCCAAGGCACAUGAGCUGAGUGACGCAUGCCUGCGCAUCCUGAGCGGCCCACCUGGCCAGCCCCCAAGCCUGGGCGAGCCGCCCUUGCCCCCGCCACCGCCCCAGGCCGCGCCCCCUGCCCCACAGCCGCCUCAGCCCCCACCUCAGCCCCCUGCACCCACCCCUGCCGCGCCUCCGCCCCCCUCUUCUGUCUCCCCCCCUCAGAAUGCCAGCAGCAACCCCACCCCUGCCAACGCAGCCAAGAGCCCCCUGCUCAACUCACCCACAGUGGCCAAACAAAUCUUCCCCUGGAUGAAAGAGUCUCGACAAAACACGAAGCAGAAAACCAGCAGCUCCAGCUCAGGCGAGAGUUGCGCUGGCGACAAGAGCCCGCCGGGGCAGGCUUCAUCCAAGCGCGCGCGCACGGCCUACACGAGCGCGCAGCUGGUGGAGCUGGAGAAAGAGUUCCACUUCAACCGCUACCUGUGCCGGCCGCGCCGGGUGGAGAUGGCCAAUCUGCUGAACCUCACCGAGCGCCAGAUCAAGAUCUGGUUCCAGAAUCGCCGCAUGAAGUACAAAAAGGAUCAGAAGGGCAAGGGAAUGCUGACGUCAUCGGGGGGGCAGUCUCCAAGUCGCAGUCCCGUGCCCCCUGGCGCCGGCGGCUAUCUGAACUCUAUGCAUUCGCUGGUCAACAGCGUCCCGUAUGAGCCCCAGUCGCCCCCGCCCUUCUCCAAGCCCCCCCAGGGUGCCUAUGGGCUACCUCCCUCCUCCUACCCUGCACCCCUGCCUAGCUGCGCACCCCCGCCAACCCCACAGAAGCGCUACACUGCGGCAGGGGCGGGCUCAGGGGGCACCCCCGACUAUGACCCGCACGCUCAUGGCCUGCAGGGCAACGGCAGCUAUGGGACCCCACACAUACAGGGAAGCCCCGUCUUCGUGGGGGGCAGCUAUGUGGAGCCCAUGAGCAACUCCGGGCCAGCCCUUUUUGGUCUAACUCACCUCCCCCACGCUGCCUCGGGCGCUAUGGACUAUGGGGGCACCGGACCGCUGGGCAGCGGUCACCACCACGGGCCGGGGCCUGGGGAGCCGCACCCCACCUACACGGACCUUACGGCCCACCAUCCUUCUCAGGGAAGAAUUCAGGAAGCACCCAAGCUCACCCACCUGUGAUGGUGGGCCCGGGGCUACGCGCCAGGAGAGUCUCCCCCACCCACCUUUUUGCUUU